AUGGCGUAUCCCAUAGAAGCCACAGUAAGUUUCAUAUGAGUAACAGCAAUGCAGGUGAUAAAACCUAACUAUUUUACGCCCAUGUAGCUCAGGUAUUUAAUCGAAGCAGGUCUUCGCUAUGGGCAAGCUUUAUACAGUUUAUAGUGUAAUAAACAUUAUGCAACAUCAGUGAACAAACGCCUCAGGGGGCAAUGCAAAGCAAGAAACCAUAUAAACAAGGUGUAUCCUAAGCUGGGUCUAUGCAACCAUAUUAGGGGAGUCUCUCCACUGGAGGUGGCGUUGUGGUGCCCAGUGGUAAAGAAUGUCCAGCGUGAGGUCAGUGGCCUCUUGUGAGGUAUCUGUGUGGGCUUUCCUCUGCUGUGUCCUCUCGCAGGCUUAUGUCUGGAGUGCAUAUAAUUGACAAGCUGGUCGCUCAUUGCAGGGUCCCCCCAGCUUCCCUGGUGUGACUAAUCCCCUCUGUUCCCCUCCAGGCCUGCUCCGGCCGGUCAUUCGAGGGUUCCACAAUGCUGUGGGCACUCAGGGACGUCAGCAGCCCGGCAGACUCUCCCCCCCCCCCUGAAAAGUCCUCGGGCCCCUCGUCCCCUGCACCUCCACAACUCCUGCAGUUCCCCGUUGAGCUCCAGCUCCGUUAG